AAAAUUGUCAUAAGAUAAUGAUUGUGACAUUCUGACGUAAAUUGCCUAUGUAUAAACAUGUGAAAACAUUACAUCAAAACAGAUCUUAAUGUGCGUGUAAAAUGGAUCUUCCAGAGCAGCAUGAGACCGAACAAGUAUGCCAGUGCUCUAAAAAAUUAAAGGACAAUGUGAUGCCUGUGUCCCAGCCAGUGCGUGCCAAGAGUUUGUUACGCGCAAAUUUAGAAAAUUCUCGCGGACGACUUUUGCAGAGCAGAAUGCCAAACAUCAAAGUCUUCAGCGGCACAUCGCAUCCAGAUUUGGCUCAACGUAUCGUCGACAGGCUUGGCAUAGACAUUGGGAAGGUUGUCACCAAGAAAUUUAGCAACCUCGAAACAUGCGUGGAGAUAGGGGAAUCUGUUCGAGGAGAAGAUGUGUACAUUGUACAAAGUGGAAGCGGCGAAGUAAAUGACAAUUUAAUGGAAUUAUUGAUUAUGAUCAAUGCAUGUAAAAUUGCUUCUGCGUCUCGGGUAACUGCUGUAAUUCCUUGUUUUCCGUAUGCAAGACAAGACAAGAAGGAUAAGGGUGGUGAUGGAGGUGACAACUCAAAUUCUAAGAAUCAAAUUAUCAUGAAGUCAAACGAGUGGAAAUUCAGGAGUCGUGCACCUAUCUCAGCGAAAUUAGUAGCAAACAUGUUGUCGGUAGCGGGAGCCGAUCACAUCAUUACAAUGGAUUUGCAUGCCAGUCAAAUUCAAGGCUUUUUCGACAUUCCAGUUGAUAAUUUAUUCGCUGAACCUGCUGUCCUCAAAUGGAUCAAGGAAAAUAUUGUUGAAUGGCGAAAUAGCAUUAUUGUUUCUCCAGAUGCUGGCGGUGCCAAAAGGGUAACAUCGAUUGCUGAUCGAUUAAAUGUAGAAUUUGCGCUUAUACACAAAGAAAGGAAAAAGGCAAACGAGGUUGCCAGUAUGGUAUUAGUUGGAGAUGUAAAAGAUAGAGUCGCCAUUUUAGUAGAUGAUAUGGCCGACACUUGCGGUACUAUUUGCCAUGCAGCGGAAAAACUCUUAGAAGCUGGUGCCACGAAAGUAUACGCAAUUUUAACACACGGCAUUUUCAGUGGCCCAGCAAUUAGCAGAAUUAAUAAUGCUUGUUUCGAAGCUGUUGUAGUAACAAACACCAUUCCUCAAGAUGGUCAUAUGAAGGAUUGUCCAAAGAUACAGUGCAUUGAUGUAUCAAUGAUGUUUGCCGAAGCCGUGAGACGGACUCACAAUGGUGAAUCUGUAUCGUAUUUGUUUUCAAAUGUACCGUAUUAGACAUAAAUCUUCCCUAUAAUGUACUGUAUUGAAUUAUGUAAAAAGAACGCAAAUCUUUUUACAUCCGUUUACUGUUAUCCUUAGUAUAGUUUAAACUAACUUGCCUACAGGAGUAAUCUUGGAACAAGCGCUUGUGUUCUAUUUUUAAAUUGAAAACCGUAUGUGCUCUUUUUUUCCUAGGUGUAUGUAGGAAAUGAGAUAUUAGAUAGAUAAAAAGUAUACUGUAUUAUCCAUUUUGAGCAAAAACUAAGUUGGUAAUUGAUAGGUAUCAACGAGAAUUCUCAAAGUGAAAGUGUUUAAUGAUAAUUAAAUUUUGCUAGACUGCUAUUUAAUAGGCAGUACACAUUACUGUUCUGUUUAAAUUAUAGUGAUUAUAUCAUUUAAUUUAAAACUUAUUCAGAACGUUAAAAGUAACGUAUCUGUUACUGCAAUACGAAAUGACAUUUACAUUUAUCCUGGCACGUGUAUGCGUGACUCGGGAUGAAAUCUAUUGCAAUGGGUGAAAAUAUAAACAUUCAUGCAAUGUAAUCACGCCAUCAGAGGCAUAUCUCGUUUUUACAGAUAAACGCAAAAAGUUUGUAAUAUCUGUGUAAAAUUUUUCACACGAUAAUGCAAAGCGUCGGAAAGACUACAUUUUUACAAUUCUAAUAUAAUUUGGUAUUGUACUUUAAUACAUUGUCUUCUACAUCGUAUGUAAUAAGAAAAAUAAUGUUGAAGGGACACUAUUUUUUUCGACUAUCUUUUACUACAACAAUUUUUAAGAAAACAAAAAUAACUAUUUAUAUGAAUAUAUUUGUAUUGCCAAAAACAAUUAUUACCUCAUUUAAUGGAGGAAUGUGACUGCUGCAGUCAUCAACUUACUUAGCUUCGGACCAAUAUUACACGAAAAUAUAAGUCAAUAUAAACACAGCAUCAUUUACGUGCAAAUUUUUCUUAAUUCGAUAAAAAAUGCCACCUGUUAAUGAAUUGAACAUUGUAAUAAAUAUCUUAAAAAAAAUACAAUUUUUAUUUUUUUAUUUCUAUAUUGGAAAAAUUAUGUACACAAUUGCUAUUAUUUUUAUUUGACUACUAAUACAAAGAUAGCUUAAAUUGAAUGCCAUACUUACGAACUAUACCGUGUUUAAGUG